GGCUCAACACCAGCCCAAGCCCGCGCCGCAGGCUGCGAAUUCGACCUCAUAUCCUUCAACUGGCUCCCGCCGCAAUGCCACGACGCCGCCCUCGCCGAGACCUUUGAAGCGGAACUCGUGGAAGCGGGACAACUCGCCUGGUUCAAAGACGCGAAUCGAACGGCGCCGUCCUUGACGAGAGAACAGAUUAUGACGGGGGAGUAUAGCGGCGUGUAUGUCAGCUUGGGAUACCAUCUUCGGCAUUGUACGGCCAUGUGGAGGCGGAUGCACCGCGCGCUGAUGCAGAGCCGUGGUGAGGAAGGAGGAGGCGGUGGGCUGGAGAGGGUUGACAGUUAUAUUUGGAGUUAUCAUCAUACUAGGCACUGCGAGGAGGUGCUGUUGACGAGGUUUGGUGAGAUUAAUGUGGGAGAGGUGUUUACGACGGAGGUGAGGAUCAAGUAUCCAGAUUGCGGAGUC